CUUUUCCCCUGCCGCCGCCGAGUUGCGCGGAGGCGGAGGCUCGGGGUGAGUGUGAUCCGAAUGUGAACGGCGUGGACUACGUGUCCUGUGCGCUUUGAUCUCGGAUAUCCGAGGAGUGCUUGGAUUCUAACUGAGGCAUUUUCCCGAUGUUCUUGUUUUUCAGUGCGUUCAAGAUUCGGCCUCACCCGUAACCCACCGCCAUGGCCGAGGAAGGCAUUGCUGCUGGAGGUGUAAUGGACGUCAAUACUGCUCUACAAGAGGUGCUGAAGACCGCCCUCAUCCACGAUGGCCUAGCACGUGGCAUACGCGAAGCUGCCAAAGCCUUAGACAAGCGCCAGGCCCAUCUUUGUGUGCUUGCAUCCAACUGUGAUGAGCCCAUGUACGUCAAGCUGGUGGAGGCGCUCUGUGCUGAGCACCAGAUCAACCUGAUUAAGGUUGACGACAACAAGAAGCUAGGGGAAUGGGUAGGCCUCUGUAAAAUCGAUCGAGAGGGGAAACCACGGAAAGUGGUUGGUUGCAGUUGUGUAGUGGUUAAGGAUUAUGGCAAAGAAUCUCAGGCCAAGGAUGUCAUCGAGGAAUACUUCAAAUGCAAGAAAUGAAUUAAAUAAAAUUUUUGGCUCAUU